AUGCAGGAUUCGAGAUACGUUCCCAAUCCUCUCCGGCCGUACUACGUCCCUCCAUCCAUUGGAACCGAGCCGCUGCCAAAUGCUACCUUGGGUGGCUCGAAACCUAGCACUCAAGGACCGAGUUUCGCGUUUCCCGACAUCGACUACUCCGACUACAUUUCUGAUAAUUCGCCAUCUCUGCCAGGAUCAGUCAAAUCCAUAGUUGAUCGUGCGUUAUGGAAAUAUGCAAAUGUUGUGCUUGCGCAGCCCUUCGAGGUUGCAAAGCUCAUUCUGCAGGCACGCGUUGCCCAGGAUGAGGAGGAAGAAGAAGAAGACAAAAAGCCACGAAAGAGGUAUGCAUAUAGUGAAGCAGGGGAGGAGGGCGCGUAUGGGCAUGAGGACUAUGACUACGAGCAUUCAUCGGACGACGAACCAAAUUAUUUCACGUCGACUGCGCCCUUGGAGCAAUCGAUCUCGACUCGCUUGCCAGCUCGGGGCCGGCGUGGAAGGCCACCUCGAGAGACGGCAUCCUCACGAAUGCCGGAGCGCCCUCAACAACCCGAUGUGCAAUUACACCUCAAGAACCCUCACUCUCUUCUUGAUGCCCUCUCGUCGCUGUCGUCGAGUGGCGGGGCGUUGGCGAUGUGGCGGGCCACCAAUUCUACAUUCGUAUAUAACAUUCUGACCCGGACGUUGGAGACCUUCUUCAGGAGCUUCCUGGCGGCUGUUUUCGGGGUGGCAGAGAGUGACAUUCUCGCUACGUCGGCGCCGGGAGCACUUCCGGACAUCUCUAUUCUCAACUCUACCGCUCCGGUAGCCACCAUCAUGAUCAGCAGCGCAGCGGCAGCAAUGUCUGCGCUUGUCCUCGCACCCAUCGAUGCCGCGCGAACCAGACUCAUCCUCACACCUUCUAGUCAAGAACCUCGGACACUGCUCGGCACUCUACGGACAUUGCCAACUCCGUACCUCAUCCCCAGCCACCUUAUCCCCAUCACCUUCUUCACCUCGACUCUACCGACACUCAUCUCCACGAGCACUCCAGUAUUCCUCAAGACCUAUCUCGGGCUGGAUCCCGCCAUGAAUCCCGCUACUUGGAGUCUUGCAACAUUUGUGGGGUCGGCCUUGGAUCUGUCAGUCAAGUUCCCCUUAGAGACUGUCCUCCGCCGAGCCCAGAUUGCUACCUGGACAUCGCCAGCAUAUGCACCCCCUUCUUCCUCCUCGAAACGCAAGGCUAUCACGACCAUUGUCCCGGUGCCACAGUCCUACCGAGGAAUUCUACCGACCUUCUGGAGCAUUGCCCGGGAAGAAGGUUACUCGGAGACGCGAAAAGACAAAACCGCGGCAUUGAUGGGCAAAGCCCCCCGGCGGAAAAGGAAGGGCCAGGGGAUUGAAGGGCUGUACCGCGGCUGGCGGGUUGGCUUCUGGGGAUUGAUCGGGGUAUGGGGGACAUCAUUUGUGGGAGGCCUCCAAAGCGGCAACGAGUCGGCGGCGGCGGAAGCUGGUGUCCACGGCGGUAAGUUUUGA